CACCAAAGUAGCAGUCACGGGCAAGUAUUGUAGUGUUGCUAGCCAGUUGUUUUAUCGACCAUCCUUGUUCAUUUGUAGUGCAACAUGGAACCUGAACAGACUGCAACUGAGCUCAAACAAUCUACUGCUGAUUCUGAACAGACCAUCACAGAGCCUGAACAAACAUCUACAGAGCCAGAGCCAGAGCCAAAGCCAUUAGCUGAAGAAACACCCCCUGAAGUCAAACAACCUGCAGCUGAACAGAGGGUCAAAUCAAAGCCAGUCCGUACAAAGUUCCGCAGCACGGAUCCUGCUAAUGGACCUGAUAUUGCAAUGGGCGAAUCUGGGCUCUCAGCAGAUGCACCGAUGACGAUUGCAGAAAUGUUCAAAAUGACUGUGACUCAAGUUCCUGACCGUAUUGCUCUGAAAUACAAGAGUGGAGAUACCUGGCAGGAAGUCACCUAUCAACAAUAUUAUGACCUUACAGUUGCUGCUGCAAAGUCUUUUUUGAAAGCUUGGACUAAAGCCAUUCCAUGCUGUUGCUAUCAUGGGAUUUAAUGCCAGUGAGUGGCAUAUAUCAUGCCUUGGAUCGAUAUUUGCUGGUGGUCUUUCAUGUGGAACUUAUGGUACAAACAACGCAGAGGCAUGCAAGUAUAUAGCAGAGGAUUGUAACGUUGCAGUUGCCGUAGUCGAAGACCAAAAGCAACUAGACAAAUUCUUAAAGAUUCGUGAUGAACUCCCUGAAUUAAAAGCUAUUGUACAGUACAAGGGAGAGCUGAGUCAAGAUUAUCCAAAUGUUUAUACUUGGGAGCAGUUUAUGGAACUCGGAAAGGACAUGGAUUCCAGUGUAGUUGACGAUAUCGUCAAAACCCAGAAGCCAAACCAGUGUGCUUCUCUUGUCUAUACGUCUGGUACCACAGGCACUCCAAAAGGAACUAUGUUGAGUCACGACAAUCUGACUUGGACAGCCAAAUCUCUGGUUUCUACCUAUAAUGAGCUGGUGUUCGGUACAGAUCGUUUUGUAAGCUAUCUACCACUCAGCCACAUUGCUGGUCAGUUGGCAGACAUAUAUCUUGCCAUUUCAGUAGGUGCUACCUGUGUCUUUGCGGAUCCCGAUGCCCUAAAGGGGUCUCUUGUAGUCACACUGAAAGAGGCACAACCAACACUAUUUUUUGGAGUUCCAAGAGUUUAUGAAAAAAUGAUGGAUAAAAUGCAAGAAGUUGGUGCCUCCCUUACUGGUAUGAAAAGGAAACUUUCUGUAUGGGCAAAGAAGAAAGGUUUACAGGGAAAUCAAAAUAUACAGAAGAAUCAGUCUGUACCUUGGGGCUGGAGUGCUGCCAAUAUGUUGGUACUGAAGAGAGUACGUGAAGCACUAGGGUUUCAGCAGUGCAAAGUUUUUGCUGUUGGGGCUGCUCCUAUCAAAAUGGAAACAAUGGAGUACUUCUUGUCUGUUAACAUCCCUAUCAUGAAUGUGUAUGGUAUGAGUGAAUCAAGUGGACCUCACACUCUGUGUAGAAUGUCACCAAAUCGUUGGAAUUCUGCGAGCGCUGGGAAAGAUAUGGAUGGUGUACGGAGUAAGAUAUUGGAUCCAGAUGCUGAUGGAGAAGGGGAAAUCUGUUUUUAUGGCCGCCAUGUAUUUAUGGGGUACUUAAACAAUGAGGAAAAGACAAUGGAAUCUAUUGAUGAUGAGGGAUGGCUUCACUCAGGUGACAUUGGGAGGAUUGAUGAGAAUGGGUUUCUUCACAUUACUGGAAGGAUAAAAGAGAUCAUCAUUACUUCUGGUGGAGAAAAUAUACCACCUGUCCUUCUUGAAAGCAAUAUUCUAAGAGAGAUACCAUUUCUGAGCAAUGUGAUGGUUGUUGGUGACAAGCGAAAGUAUCUGACAUGUCUCAUGACCCUGAAGUGCGAAAUGGAUCAGACCACAGGAGAACCACAGGACACUCUUUCCCCCUUGGCAAAAACAGCCAUUGAACAGCUGGGCUCUCGCUGUACAACUGUGUCUGAGAUUAUUGACAGUAAAGAUUGCGCUGUUUUUUCUGCCAUUUCUGAGGGCCUGGAAAGAGCAAACAAAUGUGCCAUUUCUAAUGCCCAAAAGGUUCAAAAGUGGAGUCUCCUAGAUGCAGACUUUUCUAUUCCAGGCGGGGAAUUAGGUAAGAUAUUGCUAAUUGUCUCCGAUACCGUUUUAGACUUUACGUGUGUGCACGAGGGUGGUCAGUAAAUGUAAUGUGAUUCAUUGUAUCUGAUAGGAAACAAUUAAAUUACAUGAGAUGGCCCUGUGUGACAUAUACCUACCCACCUUCUCAGUGGCACACAGGACAACCAAAAAUGGGCUGCCAUAGGUGGAAAUAAUACUCUGCCUUCUAAGCUACCAAGACCAGCUAGAGCUCAAAGCCCGCAGUUCAUUAACCCUCGGCACGCAUGCACAGCGAGGGUUACGGUAGUUACCCUCGGCGCGCAUGCGCAGCGAGGGUAUAUACUGUAGUUGGGUUUGUCUGUGUGUGUGUGUGUGUGUCUGUUACUCUACAUCUCACCUCUCGAAUGUCUGUUCGUCCCAAAAACGAUACCAUCUACCCAACGGGCGACGAAGGUCAGAAAAUAUGUGGGGUUUUCUCUGAAAAUGCUCCGUUGCAGAGCUAGAGCGCUUCCACCAUUGUACGGCUAAUGCCGGUAGUCGCCAUUUUAUCGCUGGCGGAUAAUACGCAUGCGCUUAUAUUUAGCACUCGACCGGGUCCGCUUGCUCUGUCUAUCUUGAUGGCACAAGAAGUCACAACGAAUGGCGUGUAUUGACUCUCGCGUGCUAUCUACUACUGUAGCUAGCCCGUGUCAGACUCUCUGCGAGCUACUUCGCCGAGGGUUUGCACUUUAGUGCUUUUCAUUGGGUCUGUGUGUCCGUUACUCUCAAUCUCACUUCUCGGGUGUUUGUUCAUCUCGCAAAGGAUACGACCUACUUAACCGGCAAUGAAGGUCAGAAAAUAAGUGCGGUUUUCUCUGAAACUGCUCUGUUGCAGAGCUACAGCGCGAAAAAGCCAAUAUGCAAAUACACAACGGACGGGAUAGCUUAUCACGGUCUGAUUGAUCCGCGUGCUCUGCGUACCUCAAAGGCACCAGAAGAUGCAACACAGGGCGUGUAUCACCUCUCGCAUGCUAUCUAGUAGUGUAGUUUGCCGGCGUCAGACUCUGCGCAAGCUGGCAAGAGACCACGAGUAACAGCUAAAGCUAAACCCAGCCCAUCAAUGCGCCGAGGGUUUGCACUUCAGUGCUUUUCAUUAAUAAAUGAAAGGCACUGAAGUGCUAACCCUCGGCGCAGUGGGCGUGAUUAAUUUGUCUACACAUGCUUAAGUACAUGUACAUACUACAUACUACUAAGCUGCUACAUGUCAUCAUGGGCUGGCUACAUCAGUAGGUUAGCAAUGGUAGAUCCUUGCUCACCCUGUGCACAUUCUGAUGUCUGAAUGGUGUGGGAGAGGAGCAGGAUAUUAACAUUUUCUUACUCGGCAGGCUGUGCCUCAGCAGAUCACCUGCAAUGAUUUUUUACGCAGCCUUGUCCCAUGCAAGGUGUAGAUGCGGAUGACGUACACACUAUACCGUACGCAUACACAGCACUGUUAAUUGUUGGGCUGGUCCAAGUUUACUGUGUUACUGACUCGUGGUUGCUUAGAAGCUCGCUAAGAGUCUGUCACAGGCUUGCUACACUGCUAGAUAGCACGCAAAAGUCGAUACUUGUCCUGCAUUGCAACUUCUGGUGCCUCCAAGACGCAGACCUUGCCGAGGUAAGCCAGUGCUAAUUUGCAUAUUAGCUCCUUCACUUUGUUUCACGCCAUAACCUUCGAACGCAGCAUUUUUACCAAUAUGGCUAUUUUAAUAAUAAAGCCUGAACCUGUAGGAAUCGCUUUUUGGCCGUCUUGUUGUGUGUAGCAGGAGAAAUCGUCGUAAAAGCACAGACAGACGGACGGACGGAAUGACAAACCAAGUACUAUAACCCUCGCUGCGCAUGCGCGCCGAGGGUUUUGUGUGUAGGAGAAGGUAAUUAAAGAGAGGGAGGCGUGUACAUUUAAUUGGGCAAGCGGUGCGAGCCCACCUAGUGGUUUCUUCGCAUGGAAUAUUUAUAUAUGUAUACGACGCACUGUCCGUCGUAGUUAUACGCAUGCGCCGAUAUUACGAUAUUAAUUUUGGGCCGGGCCCGGGGGUUCAGUUCACGUCCAGCAACGAUCCUGCCUCUGUUCAAAGAGGUAGACAGACCGAACGCCCGGCCGUCGAAAGUCCUCACGACCGAGAGGCUCGUAUUUUUCAGGGACGAUUACAAGAUCGAGAGCGGGCAAGGCAAUGAUACUACUUCUGUUCAAAGAGCAGAACGCCCAGCCGUCGAAAGUCCUCACGACAGAGAGGAUCGUCUUAUUCCGCGACGAUUAAGAGAUGGAGAGCAGGAGCGGGCAAGGCAACGUCGGGCUACACAUUACCAUUCCGUUGCUACUUUCUUUUCGUAGUUUCAAUGCAACAUAAUAUGACGACACUUAACUUCUGUUACUUGUUGAAACAUUUUACCUGUAGCUCGCUCCGCUCGCCAAAAGAAUGCCAAGCAUUUCCGCUAGUACUAGAGAUGUGGCCAUGUAGUGAGAUGUGCUAUAACUGCUCAUAAGCUCAUGUCCAGGUGAUAUGAAACGUCAGAAUAUUUUUGCAUAUGCAACUCACAGUGAACGAUUAUUUUAUGUGUACACAUCACAUGAACUGCAGCAGCAAAUUUUGACGGCCUAGAUGAAACAUGGGUGGAGUAACGGGAAAGCAGUGAUGCCGGGAGGGUUACUAGAGAGAUAAAACUAUGCUUUAAUUGUGUAAUCCGAAGUAUCAUUUUAGGCAGAGUUGUGAGCAAUGUCCAAAAGCGUCAGUGAUCACAAGAGGAGCUGAGGCAAUGGCUAAUUUCAAUAGCCACUAUCAAUUCUGAGACUACAAGACUAGUGUGCAACGUAUGAUUUUGUUUCCACGCUUAACAACCAUUAAAUUGC